AUGAUGAAUGACUUAAAGUUAUAUGAAAAGAGUCACUUCCCUACUCAACAUGAAAAAAGUCAAGGUAAGCAAAAUACCUAUUUUGCCCCAACUGUCACAAGUGGGGCGGAGAAGAAUCUUCUUCGGUCUACUGCCACAAGUGGGGCGGCAGGUGGUGUUGCUGGAGCCUUUGGGGCAGUUGACCGAAAGCUGUAUGUUGGAAAUCUACACUUCAACAUGACUGAGUUGCAACUCAAACAGAGCCAAGUUGGAGGGAAAUUGUUAAUUUUCCAAAGCACUAUUCCCUCACUUGGUGUUGGUCGUUUGAGGUUGCGUGGAGAUGAUCUUCGCUACUUUGCGACUCCAUACCUUGGUUCAAGAGGACAUAGACAGGUCCCAAUGUUCUUUGGAGUUAAAAGCCUUGAGAAAAUAGGGUACCACAGUUCAGUGGUGGUUAGAAGAACAGGGAGACAUCUAUACUUGAAAGACAAGGCUAAUGGACACACCCCUCUCUUGGUUCAGAUGGCCAAUGACUCAGAACACCUAAAGUUCAUUCUCUUGUUUUCAAACCUUAUUAUCGUAGAAGAGAAAAACAACAAGUACUCGAGAAUAUGGAACAUACUCGCACACAGGUUCAAGAAGCAAAAGCAGCAGCAGAGAAAGCUCAACGGUUAG